CGGGCUUGUGCGAGAGCGCGAGAGCUUUGGCAGUGGCUCUACCUCUACUCUGAGCGUGAGGUACUCGUGAAUUGUCGGCUGCUGGUAUUUUCAAUGUCGCACUUGCAAGCUUUGGAAAACAGGGGAGCGAUAGAAUAGAAAUCGCUUGUUUUAGUUAUUGUGAACACUACUUCGGAAAGUGUCGGAGGUUUCAGGAUGGUGACCAUUCAUCAGUCUUAUAUGGUCGUGGAGUGCAAUAGAUCGUACAUCGAUCUCCUUUUUUUUCACGAUCCAGAAAAAUGCUUGGAAGGAAUUAUUCAGCUGAAAAACUCUGUGAUUGGAAGCAACAACCAAAAAGCCACGGUCAUACGAAUGGGCCUUGUUCCAAGGUUGUUGCAGAUCUUGCGUGAGGAGUCUCAUCCACAGCUUUUGUGUGAAACAGCAGUGAUCCUAAACAGCCUUGCUAAAGGCACAGAAGAGAAUGUCAAGGCACUUCUUGAUGCAGGUGUGCUACCGGUAUUACUUCAAGGCUUCCAAAAGCAUACACAAUUGCUUCCAUGCGGGCUGGUGCACCAGGACCAGCGGUAUGUGGAGGCAUGUUUGUGCUGCCUACGUACACUGUUCCGUUCCGAGUUGACGCCUGUUGAAUGUAUGUAUGAGGACCCGUGGGCUGUGCGACACUUGAUCCUCAUGGCCACCCAGACGCAUGCAUCUAACCAGGAGUGCAUUGCCACCAUCCUUACAGCUGUGUGCAAGACACCAGACCAUCAGAACUACCUCUGUGCACAUGGUGCAGUUCCUGCUCUAACAGCAUUGCUUUGUUCUCCAAUGUACAAGGUGCAACUUCCGAGUCUUCGCUGUUUGACACACAUGUGCUACCAGAACCUUAAAGUGUCCCAAGCGCUUGUUGUAUCAAGCUAUGGUGGCCGAACUGUUCCUGACAUCUUGGUGACACUGAUGGCCAGAGAUAAGCCCACAGAAAUGCAGCUUGCAGCAGCAAAGUGUAUGACCUUUCUGAGCAGAACAGGGGCAGUACAUUCGGAAGACCCUCGGAUUGUGUUCAAGGCUUUGCCUACCCUGGUACGCAUGUGCAAAAAGGAGCGCACUCCAGAGGAAAGGGCGCAUGGAGCUGAGACACUUGCUUACCUGGCAGAGGUGGACACUGAGUUGCAGCGGAUUGCCAGCAUCAGUGACCACCUCAUCCCCACGCUGGCUGAGCUACUGAAGUACCAGCCACCUUCCGCUGUUGUCUUGUACAAAGGACCUGUGCCAGCAGUCACUAUGAAAAAGCUUGAACAGGAAGUCAAGGUUAUGCAGGAGCUGAGACAAGCGGCUUUCAAAGCAUUUGCUGCCCUGGGUGCAAAUGAUGAAGACAUUCGUAAAAAGAUCAUUGAGACUGAUUCGCUGAUGGAGCAUGUGGUGUCAAGCCUUUCGGACACAAACCCACGAGUGCGGCUGGCGGCAGUGCGCUGUCUGCACUCGCUGUCGCGCUCUGUGCAGCAGCUGCGCACCACCUUUCAGGAUCAUGCUGUUUGGCGGCCACUCAUGCGCCUCCUUCAUAAUGCUCCUGAUGACAUCCUCCUUGUGGCCUCGUCUACCCUCUGCAAUCUGCUGCUUGAGUUCUCACCAAGCAAGGAGCACUGUGCCCACCUGCAGCCCAUCCUGGAGUGCGGUGCAGUGGAGUUGCUGUGUGGCCUGACACGGAGAGAUGAGCCGGCCCUACGACUCAACGGUGUCUGGGCCCUCAUGAACAUGGCCUUCCAAGCAGACCAGAAGAUCAAGUCGCAGAUCCUGUCCACUCUGGGCACUGACCAAGUCUUCAGGCUCCUCUCAGAUCCUGAUGUCAGUGUGCUCAUGAAGACGCUUGGCCUUCUGCGCAACUUGCUCUCCAUAAAGCAGCACAUUGACCACAUCAUGGACAGCCAUGGGACACAGAUAAUGCAGGCAGUGAUCCUCAUUCUUGAAGGGGAUCACAGUGCUGAUGUGAAGGAGCAGGCAUUGUGCAUCCUGGCCAACAUUGCAGAUGGCGACACAGCGAAGGCUUUCAUCAUGGCCAAUGAAGACGUCCUGAAGAAGCUCACCACCUACAUUGCACACUCCAAUGUUAAGCUUCAGAUAGCCGCUACAUUCUGCAUAUCCAACCUGGUAUGGAGUGAAGAAGAAGGUGCUCGGGAAAGGCAGUCGAAGCUGCGAGAGUUGGGGGUCCAAAAGCUGCUGCAGUCUCUUCUUAUCACUAGUGACACAACUCUCUUUGACAAGGUGAAAACUGCACUGCAGCAGUUUUCAUGAUCUUCGGACAGCACUGUUGUGAUGAAGGCAAAUGGCAGCAUACAGUGGCAAAUUAUGUUAAAGGCAGGCUUAAAGUCUGUGCUGUACAUUGCAAUUGUUUUUAAUAUGUUUAAAUGCAUAGCUUGUUUGGAAAGUAGAAAUGUUUACAUGAAUGUGAUGAAAUGGCCUUAUAUAGUUGUUAGUGCAGGGUGAUUUAUUUUCUAGCGAAAUGGACGUCCAUGGCACUGCUGGCUCGCUGCACAGUGUACAUUUUUUGCUUGAUCCGAUUCUCCACGCUCCCAGUGUCUGCAGCCUUUGCCAGCAUGGGCCUAAAAACAGGGCAACGAUAAAAUAAACAAA